GUCACUUCCUGUUGACGUUAGCAACGGCGAUCGAAGUAUCUACACUGUAGUAAGCCAAAGCUCGAACUCGAAAAGAUGGUGGUCGUUGCCAGACCAAAAUACUUCACACCCAACGAGGUGUCUGUGCACAACACGACAGAUGACCUGUGGGUAUCUUUUCUCGGGAAAGUGUACAACUUGACUCCAUUGUGUGAAAAGUACAAAGGAGAUGUGUUACUCAAACCAAUAAUACAGUCUGCUGGGAAAGAUAUUUCUCACUGGUUCAAUCCAAAAACCAAAGAUAUCCGAACCCAUACUGACCCCCAGACCAACUGCAUCAUCCCUUACUGCCCCAAUGGCAGGUUUGUCCACAUUGCCCCUCCAUACCCAGACUCAAACUGGGCCAACGACUUUGGCCGGCCAUGGUGGAAAGAUGAGGCUUACCUUGUUGGCAUCUUGUCACAGAAAACUCGCCUCAUCAAAAUCAUCAAUACUUUGACCUCCCAGGAUCAGGUCAUAGAGGUUUGUUCAGAAGAGGUGAUGACAGAGAUCCGAGAACGCUACCUCAAGUACAACGCACACGCUGCCAGCUACACCUGGAAGUACGAUGGGAAAAAUCUGGACAUGGACAAGACGCUUCAAGAGAACGGCAUCAAUGAUGAGGAUGAGGAGUUCUACCAGCUGAGCAUGAAUGAUGACACCUACCUACAGCCUAUUCACCUGUACUUCAAUGACGAUUUAACUGAGGCAUAAAUAUAAUGCAUUUGUUAGCCAAAAACUGAAUGAAUAACUGAUAACACAUGCAAAUAUAUUCUGCGCUCUUUUUUUUUUUUAUGUGAGAGUCUGCAAUAUAUUCAGGCUUUUAAUCAGUACUUAAGGUAUUUGCCCAAGUGACAUUGCUUACCUUGAGGAGGAGAUUCAUUUGGAGAUGGUGAUCUUUGUAUUGGAGUAGUACUGAUGUGUGUGUUUGUGCGAGUGUGUGCAUGUGUAUGUGUGUGCGCACAGAAGUGAGAGCUUGAUAUCGAAAUGGAAUGGCAGUUGAAAGAAUGCAAUUGAGAAUGCCUGUACAUAGAUUCCUUGCUCUUGUUUGCAGCAAAUGAAAUGUUCCAAUUCCUGCUCUGACAAUACUGAGAACAAAUGUUUUAAUUUUUAACCUUAGCAAAAAUCUAAUAAAGUAUUGGCCCAUCAAAAUUACUUUUCUUUAACAUUGAGGAAGAGACGGUUGGUGGAAAACUUCAACAAAAAUCUAUCUUUUCUUUAUUUGUAAUCACACAGUAUUGCUAUUGAUAAUUGAGUAAAUCUUCUAGUUUCAACUCCUUUUUGGCUACAUACAAACAGUGCCCUCAUCAGUAAUUCAACAAAGUCAUAGGACGUACUGAUGAACCUGCUGGACGGAAUCAGAUGUUAUUUAUUUGUAUUUCACACCUUUUUCCCUGAAGAAAGUAUUCUUUUAUUACUGUCACUGUCAGUCCCACAGAAUUAUUAGUACGUGAUUGAUUUUGGUAAAUUCCCAGAAAUUUGAUAACUUCAUCUUGAAAUUCCAACAUAACUUUGAGCAAUGUUGUGCACUUCAACAUGCAAAAGAAAUAAAACUGUUUGAGAUGCUGAAUAACA